AUGAACAGACGCCGAAAUGGCCAGCCGCGGCCAGGCCGAGACAACAGCCGAGGCGGACGACGAGCGAACGACUCUCGUCCCAAUUAUCAUUCCGUCCCUACGAUCCAACAAGUCAUAGUCGGUGCUCCGGUCUCCAUCGUCCUCAAGCAAGACCAGCCCACGGGUCGAGAGGUCCAAGGGAUCGUGCAAGACCUGCUGACGCGAGGAGACCACCCGCGUGGGAUCAAAGUCCGACUGCAGGAUGGACGGGUGGGCCGAGUACAGAGAAUGGGCGAUAGCAGCACCAUGACUUCCAACGCGAACACGACGACAUCGCUGCGGAGUCAAGAGGUGCUUCCGCCGCGAAUGCGAAAUCAACGCACAGAUAAGUUCGACGAGCACCACGAGGACGACUCCCAAGGACUCCCGCCUCGAACACUGGCAGACUUUCUUCCAGAGUCUGAGGGCGAGCCGGGACCGGGGGACGCACACCUAGGCAACGUUACAUUUUCCACCGCUACCGCUAAAUGCCCCAUAUGUGGUCUAUUUGAAGGUGAUGAGAUUGCAGUAUCGCGGCACGUGGAAGGCCACUUGACCUGA